UUCUCCUCAGCUCUACUCCAAGAGCCUUAUAACACAUCAUCAACCUAAAACCCACAGGAAGAAGAAUAAAAAAAAAAACAGAAGAGAGAGCGUGCGUUCUUCGUCGUAUCAUCAUAAAUCAAUGGUGUCCAUGGCGGAGUGGCUCCAAGACCCACUGAGCUGGCUGUUCGUCGCCUCGGUGCUCCUCCUCGUGCUGCAGCGCCGGCGCCAUGCCAACAAGGCACCGUUCCCGCCCGGCCCGAAGCCGCUGCCGAUCAUCGGCAACAUGACGAUGAUGGACCAGCUGACCCACCGCGGGCUGGCGGCGCUGGCAAAGCAGUACGGCGGGCUCCUCCACCUCCGGCUGGGCAAGCUCCACGCCUUCGCCGUGUCGACGCCCGAGUACGCGCGCGAGGUGCUCCAGGCGCAGGACGGCGCCUUCUCCAACCGGCCGGCCACCAUCGCCAUUAAGUACCUGACCUACGACCGCGCCGACAUGGCCUUCGCCCACUACGGGCCCUUCUGGCGCCAGAUGCGCAAGCUCUGCGUCAUGAAGCUCUUCAGCCGCAGGCGCGCCGAGACCUGGGUCGCCGUGCGCGAAGAGUCCGCGGCGCUCGUCGGCGCCGUGGCCUCGGCAAAGACCGGCGAGGCCGUGAACCUGGGGGAGCUCAUCUUCAGCCUCACCAAGAACGUCAUCUUCCGCGCGGCCUUCGGCAGCGCGGGCGACGGGGGGAAGCAGGACGAGUUCAUCGCCAUCCUCCAGGAGUUCUCCAAGCUCUUCGGCGCCUUCAACAUCGGCGACUUCUUCCCCUGGCUGGGCUGGGCCGACACGCAGGGGAUCGACGCCCGCCUCCGCGCGGCCCGGUCCGCGCUCGACGGCUUCAUCGACAACAUCAUCGACGAGCACAUGGAGAGGGGGAAGAACCCCGAUGAUGCCGACGCCGACAUGGUCGACGACAUGCUCGCCUUCCUCGACGAGGCCAAGCCCAAGAAGGCCGGCGCCGGCGCCGGGGACGACGACCUGCAGAACUCGCUCCGCCUCACGCGUGACAACAUCAAGGCCAUCAUCAUGGACGUGAUGUUCGGCGGGACGGAGACGGUGGCGUCGGCGAUCGAGUGGGCGAUGGCGGAGAUGAUGCACAGCCCGUCGGACCUCCACCGGCUCCAGCAGGAGCUCGCCGACGUGGUUGGCCUGGACCGCAACGCCAACGAGUCGGACCUCGACAAGCUGCCCUUCCUAAAGUGCGUCAUCAAGGAGACGCUCCGGCUGCACCCGCCGAUCCCGCUGCUCCUCCACGAGACCGCCGAGGACUGCGUCGUGGGCGGCUACUCCGUGCCCAGGGGCUCGCGCGUCAUGAUCAACGUCUACGCCAUCGGCCGCGACGCCGGCGCAUGGAAGGACCCCGACGUGUUCCGGCCUUCGCGGUUCGCGCGCGGCAUCGGCGGGGAGGGUGAGGAAAGCGGCGAGGCCGCGGGGCUGGACUUCAAGGGCGGGUGCUUCGAGUUCCUGCCGUUCGGGUCAGGGAGGCGGUCGUGCCCGGGGAUGGCGCUGGGGCUCUACGCGCUGGAGCUCGCCGUGGCGCAGCUCGCGCACGGGUUCAGCUGGGAGCUGCCGGACGGGAUGAAGCCGUCGGAGCUCGACAUGGGCGACGUCUUCGGCCUCACCGCGCCGCGCGCCACCAGGCUCUUCGCCGUGCCCACGCCAAGGCUCACCUGCUCCCUGCAGAACGCCGACGGUGACGCGCGUCAGGAAAGAGGCCAUUAAUCGGGAUGGUGUUUUAUUCGGAGGUUGGCGGCGGCAUGCAUCAUUGGAGGAUCGAGCUUGGUGGUGUUUUCCUGUUGCUUUUUUUUUUCUGCCCCCCCUUGAUGUGCUUUGAACUCAAUUCUGGUAGUACUGUGCAGAGCAAUAAGUGGAUUCUCUCAUAUGCCAGUGCAUGCUUGCCUAGGUUACAAUUUAAGCAUGGCAUGGUGGUGUUUUCCAUCAAGAGCACAAACUGUAAAAAAUAUGUGGUUUAAUUUUAGACUUGCUGUCCGCGCAGGUGAUGUGUAAUGCUCUCUUGUAAAAUGUUUCCUUUUUUUGCCCAUUUUAAACAAACAGAUUUGUCAUCUUUUGCUUGAU